AUGUCCGAUUCAGGUAAGGACCUUAAUAUAUAAUAAAAUGUGGUAAUAACUUCAAUAGAAGACGAUAGAUCAGGUUCAGGAUCCAAUAAAGAUAGUGAUGAGGAAGAGGAAAACUAAUCUAGUUAAGAAGGUAGUGGAAGCGGCUCUGAUGAAGAAGGAAGUAAUGAAGAUGGCUCAGAGGACGAGGAGAAAUCAGGAAAUUCAGAUGAAGAAGAGGAAAAAGAUGAUGAGGAAUAAAAGGUUUAAGAUACCAAAACUUCUAACAAAGAUGAUAAAUCAAAGCAACAUGUUAUUGAUGAUGAUGAAGAGUUUAAAGUGACACUUAAAGAUCAGGCAUUUGACUUUAGAAAACGUUAGAAUAUAUUUGAUAUUUUAAAUGAGAUCAACAACGAUUUAGACCAAUUAACAGUUUAGGUUGACAGUAUAUGCCAGAAAUACGUUCCAAGUUUAAGAUAGAGUACACUUAAAAAGCAGCCAAGUAUGAAUUACUACAAGUCAUAGUCACUUAUUGACAACAGAGAUGAUUUCAUGAAAAAUAAGUAGCAAAAACGAGGAGAUAUAGACAUCAGCAAUGAUUUAGAAUACAGAUCUAUCACGAAGGUCAAGUAAAAUAUCUCAAAGCUCUAAGCAGAAUAACAGACCUAGUUCAGCAAAGCACAACUUCAAAUAUGA